GGAACCAUUUUAGUGCAUCAUUUCAGAGCGCAUGGAGGAAAUUAACGGUGCUUGGUUAUCACGCUCUUCGUCACAGUGAUAUGUACUCUUGAUAGUGAACUUUGACACAAGCAUUUUCGAAAACUUUCUAUUUUCAACACGAUUUAAUAAAAAUAGAUUAAUAAAGAAAAAUGGCUCCACGAUCAGAAGCAGAAGUAAAGGAAAGUUCAGAAUUACCGAAAGAUGUACCAAAAAGAGGCGUUAAUGCCGUUUUAUUGGGGCCACCUGGUAGUGGCAAGGGUACACAGGCGCCAUUAUUGAAAGAACGAUAUUGUGUAUGCCAUCUAUCUACAGGUGAUAUGCUCAGAGCAGAAAUUAGUUCUGGAUCUUCAAUUGGGGCAGAAAUUAAAAAAGUAAUGGAUGAAGGUAAAUUGGUCAGUGAUGAUCUUGUAGUUAAAAUGAUUGAUCGCAAUUUAGAUAAACCUGAAUGUCAGCGUGGUUUUCUAUUGGAUGGCUUUCCAAGAAGUGUUCCACAAGCUGAGAAACUUGAUGGUAUGCUACAAAAGAGAAAAACUAAGUUGGAUACUGUGAUAGAGUUUGGAAUUGAUGAUAAUUUAUUGAUAAAGAGAAUCACAGGCCGUUUAAUACAUCCUGCUAGUGGUAGAUCAUAUCAUGAAGAAUUUGCUCCACCCAAAGAACCUAUGAAAGAUGAUGUUACUGGAGAGCCAUUAAUUAAAAGGUCUGACGAUAAUGUAGAUGCAUUGAAAAAACGUUUAUCAAUAUAUCAUACACAAACUCAACCCCUAGUUGAUUAUUAUACUUUACAAGGAAUUCAUUAUUAUGUAAAUGCAGCUCAACCAAGCAACAAUGUUUUUCAAGAUAUUGAUCGCAUUUUUCAAAAAACAAUUAACCAAGACAAGAGUAAAGCUGAAAAAAAGAAAGGUUUCUUCAGCUGGUUCUUUAAAAGUGAUGCAUAAAAGUGUUAUAGCACAUUUCUCUCUUCUAAGUGAAGCAGAUAGUUGGAUGGGAAGUAUAUUUUAGUAUUAUGGUGAUUUCUAGAAGAAUUUAAUAUUUUAGAUAUAUAAUUUACGAUUCAAAAGUAAUUUAUAUAUUUAAAAAGGUACAUAGUUAAUACAGUAUGUAUUUUUUGAUUAAAUAAUAUACUUUACAUUUAGUAAAGGUGUAAACGGCAUCACAUUAAUUUCGUUAAAAAUAGUCCUGUGUAAAUCUAUAAAGGAAGUAUUGUAAGUUAAUCAAUUGAAUGCACACAUCUUUAUUAGUAGCGGGUAUUUGAUGAUGUAAUUAUAACAUAAAAAGUAAUCGAUUAAUUGCACCUAAGAAAAAAUAUAUUUGUAUAUAAUGGAUACUAGACCUUUCACAUACUUCUUUUUUUAUUAAAGUUUACAUUCGAUAAUUUUUAUUACAAACAUUUACUUAAUACUUCAGACAUGUGCACCCGAACCAGUAUAAAUAUAAUUUUAAAGUAACUUCACUUUUAAUAUUAUUUGUUAUAAAAGACUAAUCAAGUUAUACAUUUUUGUUUAACUUGAGUGAUAAUGAUGCAUUUUUAAAUAUUUUAUGCUUCAAGUGUUAAACAUGCCGACUAAAAUGCUUCAUUUAUAUAUUACACGCACAUGUAUCAGUUUUUACAUUUUUUAAUUAAAUCAACUUUAUUUAGGUAACAUAAAAUAAUAAAUAUUUAAAAAUAUUGUAUUAAAAAUGCACUGAAUCUAUUGUCACGCCUAUAGAUUUUUAAAAAUAGUUUUACAAAUGGCUAUAAAUGAAGUGUAAUGUAUAUGAAAAGAUAUUUUACAUAAGCAAAAGUAAAUCCAAAUAUAUUCUGGUACAAUAUUUCUGCCUAUACAUGUUGUAUCAUUAUCCCAUUGUAAAUAUUUUACAAAGAGAAAUGAAUGUAUAUCUGGAUGUAAUAAAAUUUUCAAACUGA